CCUCAGAACCAGAGUGUGGACCCUUCCUACAGGCCAACCCCCACUGCAGGCCCAACCACAGCCUGCAGUGGUGGAGGGAGCUCCUGUGUCCUGAGUAAGCUGAUCCAGCUGUCGGCUCUGCCGCUGUCGCGCCACCAGCUGAAGAAGUUGGAGGAGCACAGGUAUAGCAGUGCAGGCCACUCCCUUCUGGAGCCCUUCAUGCAGCAGUACUGGGAGUGGCUAGUGGCGCGUGUGCCGGGAUGGAUAGCCCCCAACCUCAUCACUAUCGUGGGCUUGGCCACAAACAUCCUCACCACAUUGGUGUUGGUGUACUACUGCCCCACUGCCACUGAACAGGUAGGUGCAGGGGCACUGCUGGGAAUUCUAGGCCCUGGGGAAGAAUUUGACGUUGGGGCCCUUUCGCACACUGUCAAUCACAUGACCCUCCCACCCACUGAGCAUACACAUAUUAAUUAAUGAGCAGUUGUUGCUACUAAUAAUAACCAUGGAUUAGUAGGUCAAUGUUUAUGUUGUCACAGCUGUACAACUAAUAUACACUACUGACAGGACAUCGAGAAAAGACGAGGGCCUUCAGACUUUCUUGAUUGAAAAGUAUUGAUUGUCAGAUAUAGCCUACCCUUUCAGAGCCAAAGUCUAGAUAUGAUUGUUUUGCCAAUGUUUGCUGCACUUUUUUCUAGAUAAGUAUGCUACAUAGCCUAAUACUAUCCACAUUGUCUGUAUGUGAAAACUGUAUUCUAAACCAGCUUACAGUAAUAGCCUUUGAUGAACAUUAUGUUGCGGUAAAACACCAGAAUGUCAUAAACCGUGACUUCCUCACUGAAUUUCAAUGUCACUCACUUGGAUGUAUCUGAAAACGUUACUAGCUGUCAAAUUCUCCCUUCCUCCAUCCUAGUUUCCUCAAUUUCUCUCAAAGCUCAUUGGAGGAGGAGGUCAAAUGGAGAGACCUUGGAUCCUCUCCUCCAAUGUGCUUUGAGAAUAAUUUAUGGAAACAAGGAGGCAAGGAUUUGACACUAGCUAGUAACAUUUUUGUCACUAGCUAUACUGAACAAAAAUAUAAAUGCAACCAUUUCAAAGAUUUUACUGAGUUAUAGUUCAUAUAAGGAAAUCAGUCAAUUGAAAUGAAUUCAUUAGGCCCUAAUCUAUGGAUUUCACAUGACUGGGAAUACAGAUACCUUAAAAAAAUUGGUAGGGGCGUGGAUCAGAAAACCAGUCAGUAUCUGGAGUGACCACCAUUUGCCUCAUGCAGCACGACAUCUCCUUCGCAUAGAAUUGAUCAGGCUGUUGAUUGUGGCCUGUGAAAUGUUGUUCCACUCCUCUUCAAUGGCUGUGCGAAGUUGCUGGAUAUUGGCGGGAACUGGAACACGCUGUCGUACACAUCAAUCCAGAACAUCCCAAACAUGCUCAAUGGGUGACAUGUCUGUUGAGUAUGCAGGCCAUGGAAGAGCUGGGACAUUUUCAGCUUCCAGGAAUUUGCAACAUGGGGCCGUGCAUUAUCAUGCUGAAACAUGAGGUGAUGGCGGCGGAUGACUGGCACGACAAUGGGCCUCAGGAUCUGGUCAUGGAAUGUCUGUGCAUUCAAACUGCCAUCGUUAAAAUACAAUUGUGUUCGUUGUCCAUAGCUUAUGCCUGCCCAUACCAUAACCCCAGCGCCACCGUGGGGCACUUUGUUCACAAUGUUGACAUCAGCAAACCGCUCGCCUGCAUGACGUCUGCCAUCAGCCCGGUACAGUUGAAACCGGGAUUCAUCUGUGAAGAGCACACUUCUCCAGUGUGUCAGUGGCCAUCGAAGGUGAGCAUUUGCCGACUGAAGUCGGUUACGACGCCGAACUGCAGUCGGGUCUAACAUGGGUUUGAAUGAGAAGAAUAGGAAUACAGUGGUUGCUAUUCUAUACUAAACAAAGCUAUAAACUCAACAUGUAAAGUGUUGGUCCAAUGUUUCAUGAGCUGAAAUAAAAGAUCCCAGAAAUGUUCCAUAUGCACAAAAAGCUUAUUUCUCUCAAAUGUUGUGUACAAAUUUGUUUACAUCCCUGUUAGUGAGAAUUUCUCCUUUGCCAAGUUAAUUCAUCCACCUGAAAAGUGUGGCAUAUCAAGAAGCUGAUUUAAACAGAAUGAUCAUUACACAGGUGCACCUUGUGCUGGGGACAAUAAAAGGCCACUCUAAAAUGUGCAGUUUUGUCACACAACACAAUGCCACAGAUGUCUCAAGUUUUGAGGGAGUGUGCAAUUGGCAUUCUGACGGCAGGAAUGUCCACCAGAGCUGUUGCCAGAAAAUUCAAUGUUAAUUUCUCUACCAUAAGCCGCUUCCAAUGGAGUUUUAGAGAAUUUGGCAGUACGUCCAACCGGCCUCACAACCGCAGACCACGUGUAACCAUGCCAGCCCAGGACCUCCACAUCCGGCUUCUUCACCUGCGGGAUCAUCUGAGACCAGCCAACCGGACAGCUGAUGAAACUGAGCAGUAUUUCUGUCUGUAAUAAAGCGCUUUUGUGGGGAAAAACUCAUUCUGAUUGGCUAGGCCUGGCUCCUCUGUGGGUGGGCCUGGCUCCCAAGUGGGUGGGCCUAUGCCCUCACAAGCCCACCCAUGGCUGCUUCGCUGCCAAAUCAUGUGAAAUCCAUAGAUUAGGGCCUAAUGAAUUUAUUUCAAUUGACUGAUGUCCUUAUAUGUAACUGAAACUCAGUAAAAUCGUUGAAAUUGUUGCAUGUUGCGUUUUAUACAGUGGGGAGAACCAGUAUUUGAUACACUGCCGAUUUUGCAGGUUUUCCUACAUACAAAGCAUGUAGAGGUCUGUAAUUUUUAUCAUAGGUACACAUCAACUGUGAGAGACGGAAUCUAAAACAAAGAUCCAGAAAAUCACAUUAUAUGAUUUUUAAGUAAUUAAUUUGCAUUUUAUUGCAUGACAUGAGUAUUUGAUCACCUACCAACCAGUAAGAAUUCCGGCUCUCACAGACCUGUUAGUUUUUCUUUAAGAAGCCAUCCUGUUCUCCACUCAUUACCUGUAUUAACUGCACCUGUUUGAACUCGUUACCUGUAUAAAAGACACCUGUCCACACACUCAAUCAGACUCCAACCUCUCCACAAAGGCCAAGACCAGAGAGCUGUGUAAGGACAUCAGGGAUAAAAUUGUAGACCUGCACAAGGCUGGGAUGGGCUACAGGACAAUAGGCAAGCAGCUUGGUGAGAAGGCAACAACUGUUGGCGCAAUUAUUAGAAAAUGGAAGAAGUUCAAGAUGACGGUCAAUCACCCUCGGUCUGGGGCUCCAUGCAUGAUCUCACCUCAUGGGGCAUCAAUGAUCAUGAGGAAGGUGAGGGAUCAGCCCAGAACUACACGGCAGGACCUGGUCAAUGACCUGAAGAGAGCUGGGACCACAGUCUCAAAGAAAACCAUUAGUAACACACUACGCCGUCAUGGAUUAAAAUCCUGCAGCGCACGCAAGGUCCCCCUGCUCAAGCCAGCGCAUGUCCAGGCCCAUCUGAAGUUUGCCAAUGACCAUCUGGAUGAUCCAGAGGAGGAAUGGGAGAAGGUCAUGUGGUCUGAUGAGACAAAAAUUUAGCUUUUUGGUCUAAACUCCACUCGCCGUGUUUGGAGGAAGAAGAAGGAUGAGUACAACCCCAAGAACACCAUCCCAACCAUGAAGCAUGGAGGUGCAAACAUCAUUCUUUGGGGAUGCUUUUCUGCAAAGGGGACAGGACGACUGCACCGUAUUGAGGGGAGGAUGGAUGGGGCCAUGUAUCGCGAGAUCUUGGCCAACAACCUCCUUCCCUCGGUAAGAGCAUUGAAGAUGGGUCGUGGCUGGGUCUUCCAGCAUGACAACGACCCAAAACACACAGCCAGGGAAACUAAGGAGUGGCUCCGUAAGAAGCAUCUCAAGGUCCUGGAGUGGCCUAGCCAGUGUCCAGACCUGAACCCAAUAGAAAAUCUCUGGAGGGAGCUGAAAGUCCGUAUUGCCCAGCGAUAGCCCCGAAACCUGAAGGAUCUGGAGAAGGUCUGUAUGGAGGAGUGGGCCAAAAUCCCUGCUGCAGUGUGUGCAAACCUGGUCAAGACCUACAGGAAACAUAUGAUCUCUGUAAUUGCAAACAAAGGUUUCUGUACCAAAUAGUAAGUUCUGCUUUUCUGAUGUAUCAAAUACUUAUGUCAUGCAAUAAAAUGCAAAUUAAUUACUUAAAAAUCAUACAAUGUGAUUUUCUGGAUUUUUGUUUUAGAUUCCGUCUCUCACAGUUGAAGUGUACCUAUGAUACAAAUUACAGACCUCUACAUGCUUUGUAAGUAGGAAAACCUGCAAAAUCGGCAGUGUAUCAAAUUAUUGUUCUCCCCACUGUACAUAUCCUUUAAAAAAUAUAUAUUUCACUUUAUUACUUUCCAACCCCACCACCCCUUCCCUAAUUGGAGCGAACUAGUGAACAACAAUGCUUAUGCCUCUACUUCCAGCUAUACUCAACUUCCUCUACCCUCAACCUUUCUGAGUAUUUUCAUGAUGUCCAUCCGGUUUGCUUUUAUAUGCCAUAUCCUUCUAACCGUGCUCUUUCACAUAAGCUCUCAACCUAUAACCUAUAUACUUAUUAUGGACACAGUAUGCUUACAUUAUUAGUUAUCUUGUUGUUAUUAAUUGUUGUUAGUUGUUAUUAGUCCCAUGCUUCAACUCCAUUCAACACCACCCAUCUAUCUCUUAACACCGUCCAUAUUGGAUUUCUAUUUGCCAUAUAUCUUUCAACUGUACUGUGAUGUUUUACAAAAGUUCUGAACCUUUCUAUACUCAUUGUUUCUACAGAUGGUAAAUUGAAAAAAAAACAUUCUUGCAAAAAGUAUUAUAAUAUUAUUGAUCGAUUGACUAUGACUUUUCAGAUCAUCCAGUAAUGCUAUCCGCAGGGUUAGCUCCAGGUAAAUAUUGCAAUCCUUUAGCCAUUCCUGGACCUGUGUCCAAAAACAAGCUACAAAUGGACAUUACCAAAACAAAUGAUCUAAUGAUUCUGUCUCUUCGCAGCAAAAUCUGCAGAGCUGGGAAGAUUGUAUCCCCCAUAUAAAUAACAUUCUAUUGGUAGCAAGUAUUUUAUAUAAUAAUUUAAAUUGAAAAACUCUACGUUUUGAAUCCAGUGUCGUUUUGCAUAUCAGUUCAUAAACACUAUGCCAUUGGAUCGGUACAUCAAAAAUCUCUUCCCAACUAUUUUGCAAUCUGUAUGGGACGGCUGUCAAUCUUUUGGUCCUUAAAUGAAACUGGUAUACUUUUUUAUUUAUCACUUUUCUUUAAACAAUUAUGUUCUUUAAUGCAAGGCCGACAGACAAGUUCCUUACUUUUUCCCCCUUCUACUUUUCUCUUCCAUUUUUGCGGUAAUGCUGCAAUUAUUUAGUUGUAAUUUUGGGUAGAGCAGACAUUUCCAUAUGUUUUUGUUAGCUGCAUGUGCGACAUAACUCCACCAGUCCUACCGAUGAUAUCAUUUACGAAGAUUAUACCUUUGUUAAACAUUUUGUCAAAAAAAAAGUUUAUCAAUUAGAAUAUUUGAGUUUAACCACUAUUUGUUGCAUUAUUUGUUCUGUCUUUUCUGGAGGAUUAAAUUGAAAUUGCAACCAACUUUCUAUGGCUUGUUUUAGAAAUAGUGAUAUUUGGGAGAUGAUUUCCUUUUCAAAUAACUGCAAAUGAGUUGUUGUAAUCUGAAUAAAGGGAAAAAGGUCAUUCUUGAACAUUGGUUGAGACAAUCUUACUAAUUUUCUAGAGAACCAGUUUGGAUUUAAGUAUAACUUUUGUAUGACUGAAGCUUUUAGUGAUAAGUCUAAUGCUUUAAUAUUUAAUAAUUUCUGUCUUCCGAAUUCAUAUUCAUUAUAUAAAUAGGCCCGUUUAAUUUUGUCUGUCUUGCCGUUCCAAAUAAAAUUGAAUAUUUUUGUACUUGUCUUUCUUGCACUAACACUAUCGUACUUUCAUUUCAUACUAGCACUGAUUUUGCCGAUAGCUGCUUUUUUUAUGAAAGUGUUUUACAAUAACUGUGAUAUGUGGUUGUCUUACCUACCUUAGUUGAGUGCAGAGCAUCUGCUAAAUGACAAAUGUAAUUGUAAUCAUAUUACUCAAACAUGGAAAUUACAUUAAAAAGGCAGAACCCAUGCUUUUCUGUGAAUGUGGAGGAGCACUAGACUAAUACAAUUAUUGUGAAAGUUUUGUUUGAUGCCAUAGAGAGCAGCCUCAUUUAUGAUGUUGAAUGUUUGUGCCCUUUUCCUUUCAGGCACCUCUGUGGGUGUACCUGUCUUGUGCAGUGGGCCUCUUCAUCUACCAAUCACUGGACGCCAUCGAUGGGAAGCAGGCACGGCGCACCAAUAGCAGCACCCCACUGGGAGAGCUCUUUGACCAUGGUUGUGACUCCCUCUCGACAGGUGUGUGUGCUGAAGCGUGUGUAUACAGUUUCAAACGAACAUACACAACACACUCAGACUACAAAGGA